AUUCCAUAUUAUUCCUUACCACGCGGUCUCUUAUUCUAAUUACUACCAAUCUAACAUUACGUUUCAAGGCACGCGCAAUGAGAACCAAUCGCGCGUACGUCAACCGAGGAAUAGUAACAGAGUCGUUAAAGACCGGCCUCAAAACGAUCUCCCUCUUUGCUUUCUUUUGGUUUUUGUUCCUCUAUAUAAACAAACAGCCCAUUGGCAACCCUCUAUUCUAUUAGUAUACUAUUCUCCAAUAAUAUAUACCUCUACCUCUCCCUCUCCCUCUCCCUCUCAAACCAAUAAACCAAAACGUAGAGAAGCCUUAGAAUUAAACAACACAAACCUCUCAAGAAUAUAAUUAAUGGCUUCUCUCUCAUUCUCCAGGGUAACAUUGAUGAUGGUCCAGCUUGUCCUUUCUUUAACUCUCAUGUUGCCAUCAGCCUUGGCUGGGGUCAUCUGUGAAGACCUGCCACAAGACUUGUGCGCCUUCGCCAUCUCAGCCUCGUCCAAGAGAUGUUUGCUGGAGAGCAUCCCACGUCACAACGGGCCAACCGAGUACCAAUGCCGCACUUCCGAGGUGGUGGUCGACAAGAUGUCUAACUGGAUUGAGACCGAUGAAUGUGUCAGGGCUUGUGGUGUCGACCGCAACUCUGUCGGUAUCUCAUCUGAUGCACUCAUGGAACCACACUUUGCUUCAAAGCUCUGCUCCGUUGCAUGCUACCAGAACUGCCCCAACAUCCUUGAUCUUUACUUCAAUCUCGCAGCCGGUGAAGGUGUUUUCCUGCCAGACCUUUGUGAGGCUCAGAGAGUGAAUCCUCACCGGGCGAUGGUGGAGCUCCUAAGCUCCGGGGCAGCACCUGGACCGGUGACCAGCAGUGAAGUCGGUAGUAUUAAAGGAUCAGCUGUUGCUGACCCCUCAGCUCCUGCUCCAGCACCAGCACAAGCUUAAUUUAAUUUAUUUAUUAUAUGUGUCUUUGUUUUUUUAAUAUUAAUUAUGGGUAAAUCCUCAGUUGGGAGAUCGAGUUAUAUUAAUAUAUUGUCUGGGACUCUUUGUUCCCUUGAUAUACGUGUAUUUCUUUAUAUAUAAACAGAAUAUUGUGUUUUGUUUGUUCA